CGCGGCGCGUGUUUCUAAUAUCAAUUCGUUCCAGAGUCCAAAGCUGCAAUUACAAGAUUCCAGGCGAGAAUACAACUUUUUGCGAUAACAUGGGGGCCUACCUAUCAAAACCCAAGACAGAAAUGAACUCUGUGACCGAAUCGAACAGCAAGAUGAGUUAUGGUGCGUCAGCCAUGCAAGGAUGGAGAGUAUCGAUGGAGGACGCACAUACUUGUCUGCUUGACUUCGAUGAGGAUACGUCUCUCUUCGCUGUGUACGAUGGACAUGGAGGUCAAGAAGUUGCUGAGUAUGUUUCCAAGCACUUGCCAGAUGUGCUCAGAGGUGACAUCGGUUAUAAAGAAGGAAAUACCAAGCAAGCUUUGAUUGACACAUUCCUAAAAGUGGACGAAAGCAUUGUAUCAGAGGAGGGUCUGAAGGAACUCAAAGAAAUCGCUGGGGAUAAUGAUGACAGUGGUGAUGAGAAUGAAGCUGACCUUCUCACCAAGGAUGCCAACAUCCCCCUAUCUGAACUGCUGGCGAAGUUGAAAGAGGUACAUGGACUCCAAGAGAGGGCAAAUGAGAAUGAAGAAGAUUCUGGCGAAGAUUCUGAAGAGGAGGAAGAAAAUGGGCAUCUAAUGAAUGGGGACUCAAAGACAGAAGUUCCAUUAUCAGAGAAAAAAAAUGCAAAUGGGAAAAUGGGACAGAAAGAGAGACAUUCAGAAGAUGAAGAGGAAAAGGAAAACAAAGAUGCUAGCAAAAGUGCAGACAAAGAUGAUGACAAGGGUGUUGAUGAGAAAGGUGUUGAUGAGGAAGGCGCGUCAGAAGAGCCACAAGAUGGUGAAGAGGAGGAGGAAGAAGAGGAGGAAUCUGAAGAAGAAGAAGAAGAGGAGGAGGAUGAAGAUGGGGAAGGAGUUCUAGUGAAAUCAGAUGAGGCAGGCUAUGACAGUGGAACCACAGCUAUUGUUGCUUUAGUCAAGGAUAACAAUCUGACGGUUGCAAAUGUUGGUGACUCGCGCUGUGUUUUGUGUCGGAAUGGAAUUGCACUGGACAUGUCAAUUGACCACAAGCCAGAGGAUGAAAAGGAACUAAACCGUAUCCACAAAGCUGGCGGGAAAGUCACCUGUGAGGGCAGAGUUAAUGGUGGAUUAAACCUAUCAAGAGCACUAGGUGAUCACAGCUACAAGGGUCAGAGUGAGUUAGGUGCUCAUGAACAGCAAAUCACAGCCAUGCCAGACAUCAGACAGACAACACUAACAGAGGCUGAUGAAUUCAUGGUUAUAGCUUGUGAUGGAAUCUGGAAUGUGAAAAAUAGCCAAGAAGUUGUAGAUUUCGUAAAGCAAGAAAUGAAAAAUGGAGAAGAGAACCUCUCCUCGAUAUGCGAAAAACUUUUUGACGCGUGCCUAGCCCCCGACACGAGUGGCGACGGAGCAGGUUGCGAUAACAUGACAUGUGUUAUUGUCUCUUUCAAACCGGAAAUGACGUCAUCGACCAAGCCCGGCAAGAGAAAAGCUGACGAGGAAACCAACAAGCAAGCGGACAAGAAAUCUCGGACAGAUUCAGAUUAAUACUCCCACGUGCACAUAAGAAGUCUAGUUUUUACUAUAAACAGUUUUAUUUUAUAUGUUAUAUUACAUAUUUUAUUGAGCACCUUAAAAUACCAAUUCUUUUGUAAAAUAUUGGUCUGCUAAUAUAUCUCUCCAAUACUCAUGUUCGCCUCAGUUGGCAUACGAUCUGUGUAAAAACACCUAGUUCAAAUAAGAUUUCACUCAAAAUCCACUUGUCGAAACCCGCAAUGGCUAAUGGGUAACGUACGUUUAUCAUGUUAGCAGGCACAUUAACAAGAAUGCUACAACUUUUAAUGGGUUAGUUUUUUAAACCUGGAGUUCUUUUUAUUAUUUUGUUCCUCAUGUACUUGAUACCCAUGAAGCACUGCGAGCUACUACACCGAGAUUCUCCGAGAGCAAUCUUAUCUCGAUCUUACGUAAACAAUCGAUGGAUUCAGAAAUAGAAUAUAACGGUAAGGUAUGAAAAAACUAACCAGCAAGAGUAAACAGAACGCCUCACCACCCCAGAUACAAAUGAUCUCAUGAUAUCGAUGUAAAUAGGAUUCAAGAGCCUACUAGUACGAUAUUUCCGUAAUGUCUUCAUGCGAAGUGAAUUAAAAAUAUAACGUUCGUGUCCUUUAA